GUAACUAUAAACAUCAAACGUGAAUGAUGUGAUUUCAUGACUGACUGUUGAAUUUCUGUGAAAAACAAAUACAAAAUGAAAAUUUGUUAUUUUUAUAACUUGAAUUUAUUUGACCAAUGUAUUUUUUUCAUAAAUAGAAUUUUUCAAAUGUCCUUUUGUUUUUAUCAUCAAACAAUAUAUCUCUAAAAUAUAAUUUUUAUAUUUAUAAGUGAGAUUAGUAUGUUUUUAAAGUUAAAACAAUUAUUUAACCAACCAUUCCUAUCGGAAACACAAGUAAAUUAGAAUGGUUGACAUAAACAAAUAUCUUGAAACUCAACUCGCACUCGCACAACAAAAACGUCACAUUAAAAAUUUUAAGAAAGAAUCUGUCUCACUGAGAAGUAAGACUGCUGCAGAAAUAAUAUCGAAGAAGCAAAAUAAACAUUUUUCUAAGUGUUCCAAGGAUGAACUCAAUAUAGAACAUGGUGAAUGCUCUCAAGUUGAGACUUCAACUAAAAAGCCAUUUAAAGAUGUAGAAUCAGAUGAAGAGGAAUAUUUGCCAUCUGGUGAUGAAAGCAAUGAUGAGGUAUCCAUUCCAUAUAUAUCAACAACUGCUCGAAUAAAACAGAAUCUGAAGAAAAUAAUUGAUGAUGGUGAUCGAAAUCAGUAUGAUGCAAGAAUAAAGUGUUGGAAGGUAAAUCAAGCCGCUGCAUGUUUAGGCAAUUAUAAAGGAGAUAUUAUUUCUGCAGAUAUUAAAUAUAUUGUGGAUGGAAAAAGUGAGUUUGAUAAAAAACAUGAGUUACAAAAUGGUUUGUAUGUACCGAAUUACAUUUGGAGACAGCUGUAUAAAUAUCAAAAAGUUGGUGUGAAGUGGUUAUGGGAACUCCAUCAGUUACAGUCGGGAGGUUUACUUGGUGAUGAAAUGGGUUUGGGGAAAACUGUUCAAAUUAUUGCAUUUUUGGCUGGCUUAUCGAAUACUGACAUUGGCAAAUGGAAUGGACUUGGACCUUCUAUAAUUGUAGCACCAGCAACAAUAAUUUAUCAAUGGGUUUCACAUUUUCAUUUCUGGUAUCCUGUUUUAAGAAUUGCUGUACUGCACCAUUCAGGAUCUCAUGUUGGAAAUCACAAUAAGCUUAUUAGAGAUGUGUAUCAAUCUCAUGGUAUUUUACUGGUCACAUAUGCUGGUAUUGUGAAGUAUUCCAAUGAAUUAUUAUCUAGGAAAUGGCAUUAUGUUAUUUUAGAUGAGGGUCAUAAAAUUAGAAAUCCUAACACACAAGUCAGUAAACUUAUUAAAAAGUUAGACACACCACAUAGAAUUAUUAUAACUGGAUCACCAAUGCAAAACAGUUUACAGGAACUAUGGUCUCUUUUUGAUUUCAUGAGCCCAGGCUUAUUGGGAACCUAUAAUGCCUUUAUGGAACAUUUUGCAUUACCUAUAACUCAAGGUGGUUAUGCUAAUGCUACUCAACUUCAAGAAGCAACAGCAUUGGAAAUUGCUAAAGCAUUAAAAAAUAUAAUAACACCUUAUAUGUUAAGAAGAACAAAAACUGAAGUUCAAGAUCAUAUAAAACUCCCUGAAAAAAAUGAACAAGUUUUAUUUUGUGCUUUAAGUCAAGAACAAAGAGAUCUCUAUAUGGGUUACCUUAUGAGCAGUACUGUUCGUAGUGUUCUAGACAAAGAUAAUAAAUUUGGUGAUCCUCUCCGGGCUAGAAUUUUAGUAGCUUUAUCUACUUUAAGAAAAAUUUGUAAUCAUCCUGAUUUAUACCUUUAUGAAGCACAAGAAAAUAUUGAAGAUGUAAAUGAGGAUAAAUUUGGUCAUUGGAAGAGAUCUGGUAAAAUGACUGUUGUAAAUUCUUUAUUGAAAAUUUGGCAAAAACAAGGUCAUAGAGUCUUAAUAUUUUCUCAAUCCCGAGCUAUGUUGUGUAUAUUGGAGCAGUAUUUACAAAAUCAGAAUUACAAAUAUUUAAAAAUGGAUGGCUCAGUAAGUGUCAGCCAAAGACAAAAUAUAAUUAAAAAUUUUAACGAAAUAUCAGAAUAUCUUGUAUUUCUAUCUACUACAAGAGUAGGAGGAUUAGGGGUAAAUUUAACAGGGGCUGAUAGAGUUAUUAUAUAUGAUCCAGAUUGGAAUCCAGCUACUGAUAACCAAGCAAAGGAGAGAGCUUGGAGGAUAGGACAACAAAGAAAUGUUACUGUUUAUAGAUUACUUUCAGCAGGUACUAUAGAAGAAAAAAUAUAUCAGAGACAAAUAUUUAAACAUUUUUUAAGUAAUAAAAUAUUAAUAGAUCCUAACCAAAAGAAUGUUUUAACAACUAGCACUCUCCAAGGUUUAUUUACUCUGGAAGAGCCAAAUAGUGAAGGAGAUACUGAAACUGCUUCUCUUUUUAAACACACAAAAAUCAGUGUUACUGACAAGGACAAAUAUAAAAACACUGAUUCCACUUCUGUCUUAAAACUAGAAGAAAUGAGAAAAAAAGCAAGAGAAAUAAGCAGAAAGAUAUCAAAAGAAACAGAAAACUCAAAAACUCCACAACUAGAAGAUCCUAGAGAAAGAUAUAAGAAAAAAAGAGAGCUCAUACUAAAUCCUCCUAGAAUUGAAGAACCAGAAAUUAAUUUGGUUGAUGAUAAGGUAACUAAUGCUUCAUUUGACACAGUGAUAUCGGAAAUAGAAAUAAUUGAAAUGCAUACAAAAAAGAACUAUGAAGAAAAUUUAAUCCAAAAAGUUUUAAACAGUCAAGAACAAGUUUCGGCACAAGAAGAAAGCACUGAAUUACAAAAUGAUGAUAUAAAGAGUAAAAAUGAUAAAGUACUAGAUAUAAUUGAAGAUAUUACUACCAAAAAACAUACACAUUCUAAAGAAGAAAAUAUAAAUACAAAUUUAAAUGCAAUUGAAGAGAACUGUUUUUCUGAAUUAAAAUCAAACAAACGAAAUAAUAGAAAGCGAAAGCGAAGAGAUUCUGAAUCAAAGUAUGAAAUAGAUAAUUUAUUAGCAAUUAAGAAAAUAAAGAAUAAGAAACAUAAAAUUAAUAAGGACAAAAUAAGUAAUGAUGAUGAUUAUGUUUUAACUAAACUUUUCGUUAAAGCUAGUGUCAAAAAUGCGUUACAACAUGAUGCUGUAGUGGGAUUGGCUGAAAAGGAGAAGAGGCAUAAAAUGAAAGAGGAAGCUUUAGUUAAAGCUAAGUUAGCUGUAAGGGCUAUAAAGUUUUCUUCUUAAUUAUCCACACUGUAUAUAAUUGUUGCCUUACUUUUUUCAUAUUUGUUUUAAUACUAUAAGUAUCAAUGUAUAAUUAUAAUAUGUUUUGCUACA